UGCUUCCCCACCAGCAGGAACAGCGCCGAAGACGGCGCCACGUUGAAUCCAGCCCUGAGGCGCGUCCCCUUCCAAAUCAAAGCAAAGAGACACCCUUCCUGCCAGCACUCCCGCUCUUCUAGAAACUUCCCACUGGCUUCUGGGUUUGGGAGGGAGAGAUUCGCCAGCUCCUGAAAUAAACAGCAGGAGCCUAACUACUGCCUCAUGCCUGGGAAACGUGUCCCCCAUCAAACGGUAACCCAUUCUCUACCCAGGGCAUGGUUUGGAGUUUGGAGACCCAACGGGGGCAAGGAGUUCUCCAGAGGAUACGUAUCUCAAGAGCUGUAUUUCCAUGCGUGCAUCCCCUUCAUGGGGCGUCUGGGAUUCGUCUUGUCUACACUGCAGGGUAGAAUAGUCUUUGAGAAGAGCAAACAAGGGGAUACGGUCCAUCUCAUGAGAAAAGCCUUCCAAGGACACCAUUUCUGUGGGAGGAGACAGGCCGGGAAUGGUCGUCCCCACUCCGGAGAGUGCUGGGCACGUAAUCACCCCACUGGGACGCGGAAGCGAGUCCUUUCCGAGCUCGCCCACCGGAUCCGUCCAUCCAGGCGUGAUGGAGCGGGGUCGUUGUGGAAGAGGGAAGACACAGACUCCCCCGGCGACGAGGAUCCGUCCCAUCGUGGGGAAGCGUUGGGGAGACAGAGAAGCCUCGAGGACCUAAGCCAGGACGGGAACCCUGCCCAUCUCAGAGAGCUGAGUGUGAGGAAGCAUGACACCGAGCACCGAAACCCCGAGCACCCCAGAGGGACCGGGUGGGCGACUGGCCAGAGGGAUUCUGCUGCACAAAAAAAAAAAAAAGAGGAACUCGGAGAUGCUGAUAAAAGCCAGGGGCCAGCUUCGAGCUUGAGACAGACGCUGGCUGGGCUGGAAAGCUUCCUGUCCCGUGGGGAGAUAACGGGGACCCCGCCGCCCACCGAGAAGGAGGACCCCGCGGACCGCAGACAGGGCGUUUCUCCAGACGCUGACCUGAGCGUGAAUCGCGGGCAGUGUCUGCACAGAAGGCUGUUGAGGCGGCUUUCUGCUCGUCCCCUCGGGCACGGCCGGUCUCCAUCGCCCCGCGGACCACGGCCUCACGGGCGGCCCAUCCACCGGGCAGGACAGCGCUUUCCAAACGGGCGGAGAACAUUCCGGAAAGCUCGCGGACGAGUGCAGCAUUGGGGCUGGGGCAUGGCGACCAUGCUGGGCCCUGUGAGCUUUCUGGUGCUCCUGAACUCGGCGUGCUGCGGACGAGCACAGCUGGCAGGGGAGAAUAGAUCUCCUAUUACAAACAUGCAGCUAGAUUCAAGGAAAAGAAUGUUAACCUGGAAUUACCUAAGAAACGUGAGUGAGCAGGAAUGCAUGAUAUCUACCCCUCCCAACUCUCCCACCGUGCCCACCUUUUCCACCAUACAAGCCCCACAGGUCAGAGAGGACAGCACGUACUUCUGCAUCUUCCGAAACCGCGUGCUGCAUAGGGGAGCCAACCUGACCGUGAGGGUCACCUGUGACGGGGCCAAAUUCCAGGAAGUCUUGCCUUUUGUGAACCCAGGCAGGGAAGGUUCCGGCGCCGUGAACUUCUCCUGCUUCAUCUACAACGUCUGUCUCAUGAACUGCAGCUGGGCGCCCGGCCCCCGAGCCCCCGCUGACGUCUGCUACCGGCUCUUCUGGUGGGCCUCCCUGCACGAGGACGAGGCGGAGUGCGUGCAUUACAUCACGGACCCCACGGGGACACGCGUGGGCUGCCAUUUCGAUGAACUCGGUGAACCCCAGAGUAUGGAUAAUUACUUCUUCCUACUGAAUGGGACCAGCAGUGAGACCGCAAUCCCGUUUUUGGACUUUGUUCCGUUUGAAGCCCGUAAGAUCGAGAAGUACGACCCCCCACCAAACAUCACGAUCGCCCACAACACAUCGCAUCACAUUAUCCGGUGGGAGAACCCCGAGAUGAGAUACGAGCUUUCGCCUCAAGUCUUGUAUUAUGAGCUGGACAUCCAAAGACCGGACAGCGCUUCCAGGACAAACCCCGUUUUCCAGAGGGGACAAGACGCGAAUGUGUACGUGGUGCCGCGUUCUGCCGUCAGGCCGGACACCACGCUCCGGGUGAGGGUGCGCUAUCUGCAUAACGAGCUCUGGAGCAUGUGGAGCCCAACGCUGCGUCUCGGCCUCCCGGAGCAGGAUUUCCACGGCGCCCUGGUCGGGGUGCUGGUGGCGGCCACGGCCGUGCCCGCGCUGGUCCUCGUGUGCUUCUGCAAAUGGUACAGUCUGUUCCCCCGCAUCCCGCAGGUGAAGAAGGAACUCACCGGGACCCUGUUCUCCCCCGAGGUCUCCUGGGACGAGGGCCGCCCUCCGCCAGGCUCCCAGGAGCCCGAGGACAUCCUCAUCAUGGAGGACCUGUCGUGACGGGCGUGGCUUUGGCCUCUCCCCGCGUCCCCCGCCUCCCCGGAAAAUGUCGCGCAGGAGCAUCGCACGCUCACGUCUGGGGACGAUGUCUCCCCCACCCCCACCACCGCCACCCAAAACCCAGCAGCACGGCUUUCUGGCUUCGUGCUGGCGUCCACGCCGCGAGCGCUGUAUGCGACUGACGGGCGUUUCCUUCCUGGUUUCUGUAUUUUUGACUCCGGGGGAAAUAAAAUAGUUCU